AUGCCCUCGCUGCUGCAGUACCUGCCUUCCUGGAGAGCCCGCCCGCGCGGCGGCUCAGAGGCCUCGGAUGUGGUCCCGGUGGAUGCGUCACUGGACACGAAACAAUCUAAAGAAGAUAGCGAUGCGGAGUCGCUUGCGUCAAAGGAGAUUACGACUGCUAUAGACUCUUCGCUCAACCCUGGCGAGCUGACAUUCGAGGAGGAUUCCGCGGGUGGCAUGGGCCGGCAUCUCGGCGUGUUCAGCUGCACGCUGCUCAACGUCGGUUGUAUCAUUGGAACCGGCAUUUUCUCAACGCCUUCAUCCAUUCUCGGAUCGGUCGGAUCGGUGGGCGCUUCGCUCAUGCUCUGGGUCCUUGGCUUCGUCCUCUCGUUCUGUGGUAUGUUCAUCUGGCUCGAGUUCGGGACUAUGUUUCCGCGUUCUGGAGGCGAGAAGGUGUACCUGGAGGCGGUCUACAAAAAACCGAAACAUUUGGCAACUGUCAUUUUCGCGGUGAACGCGAUUGUUCUCGGGUUCUCCGCAUCAGGCUGCAUAGUACGUACCAUCAUCCUCAUCGUCGCAGGCCAUAGCGCGGACCGAUGGGUCACCCGUGGCAUUGCACUGGGCGUCAUUGGCUUCGCGACCCUUCUUCAUGGCCUAACACCGCGUCUCGGAGUGUGGGUUAUGAACGGCCUGAGCGUGUUCAAAAUCAUCAUCCUCCUCUUCGUCGUGAUCACUGGAUGGGUCGUGCUUUCGGGAAAGACCCACAUUGAGGACCCGUAUGCGAACUUCCGGGAUGCAUUCGCCGGGAGCUCGCACAGCAGCAACGACUACGCGACCGCGACGUUCAAGGUGCUGAGUGCGUAUGCAGGGUGGUCGUACGUCAACUACGUGAUGAACAACGUCAAGAAUCCCGUGCGCACGCUCAAGAUCGCGGGCCCGCUCGGGCUCGGAAUCUGUGCAGUGCUCUACCUGCUCGCGAACGUCUCCUACUUUGCGGCGGCGACCAAGGACGAGAUCCUGCACAGCGGGACGACGGUCGCGAGUCUGUUCUUCAAGAACGUGUUUGGGGUGCAAGCACAGAAGGCGCUCACCGUGUUUGUUGCUUUGAGUGCUCUGGGACUUCGCUUACAUGCCUGCUAUACACAGAACGUCGUCACCGUCACUUUUGCUGCAGCACGUAUCAACCAAGAACUCGCCAAGGAGGGCAUCCCGCUGCCAUUCGGCAACCGGUUCUGGGCGUCCAACUGGCCCACGGGCAAGUCGCCGCUCCCGGGUCUGAUCAUCCACUUGAUACCCUCAGUUAUUGUCAUCAUCGGACCGCCGUCGUCGGUCGCGUACCCCUUUAUCCUGGAUCUGCAAGGAUACCCCGGCCAGAUCAUCAGCCUGUUCGUCGUGCUCGGACUGUUUUGGCUGAGGUACAGCAAGCCCAACGCGCCCCGGCCGUUCAAAGUAUGGUGGCCCCUCGCAGUAUUCUUCCUCGCAGCAGCCAUAUUCCUGCUCGUCGCGCCUUUCCUGCACCCCGCGAACGGCAAGGGCGACACCCCGCCGCUACCCUACUACCUAUACUGCAUCGUGGGCAUCGCGAUCACGGCGGCGGGCGUUCUGUACUGGGCCGCGUGGCGGAUCGUGCCGCGCUGGUUCGGCGUCGAGUACGUGCCGCGCAAGGAGGUGCUCGCGGACGGGACUGUCGUCACUUUGUUUUCACGGCAAAAGAUCGAGUGA